AUGAUUAAAUUGCGGUAACUAUUUCGUUUCUCAAAGAUUCAAAAUAAAAGUUCAAUUGAUGGAAUCAUUGAAUAAAGAAGAUCAAUUAAUCGUUAAUUAUCUAAAGAAGAAUUGUAAAGUAGAGAUUUAUAAAUAUUUUGGCAAAGUCCAUAAACUGAUAUAGUUAUUCAUUUAGUACUCUAUAUGAGGUAUAUUGUAAAUUUAAUUAGACAUGAUUGUCAUAUUUGUUAAAAGGCUUUCUCUCUUUUGAACUAUUACAAUAUAAGUUUUGAUAAAGUCGAUAAUAUUUUGUUUUUAGAUUUUGCAAAGAAAGCAAAGAUAAUUACUCUUGAAUAAUGGUAAUGGCCAGUCUUAAAAGUAAAUGUCUCAUUAGAUUCAACAUAAUUUAUAACAGGACCUGAAAACAUAGUUUCAUUUCUAAUUAAUAAAGAAUUAAUCUUGAAUCAAACUCAUAUGACUAAUACACUUUUUGCAUAAUAAGGAAUUGAAUGCAUAUUAUAAAAGAUUAAAAAACCCUUAGAUUUAAUCUUCUUAAAUCCAAUAUUAACAUGGCAAAAUCUUUUUAAAUCAAGUCCAGAUUCAUAUGCCAAAGAUUCUAAGAAUUAUUUACUAAUUAAUUAUAUGUUAAAAGUUGGAUAUAGGGCAUUUACAUAAAGUUCAAGAAAUAUAUACCAUAUGAUCAGAUAAAAGGAAGCAUAUUUCAAAGCUUAAGCAGAACUCCUAUAAGGUUUAAAUGAAUGGAUUUAAAGAUUAAAUGGAUAAUAAUUUCAUGGUGGCUAAAAACCAGAUGAAGCAGAUUUUGAAGUAUUUAAAUAAAAUUAUUUAGUUAUUUGGUGUAAUAAUGAGUAGAUAUAAUAGUAAUUCCUUUAAGAAAUACAUAGAAAAUAAAGCACCAUUUAAAUUUUAUUAAUGGAUUUUAAGAAUGUAGCAAUUAUGUAGAUAUGAUUAAAAUCGUUUUUAUGCAAAUACAGAUACAAAUGUAAUUGAAUGA